AUGUAUCUUCAACAAGAUUCUUGGAUAAGAAUUAUCUAUAGAGACCUCAAAGCAAGCAACAUAUCGCUAGAUACUCACAUGAAUCCAAAGAUAUCAGAUUUCGACCUAGCUAGAAGUUUUGGAGGGAAUGAGACUGGAGCUAAGACUGGUCGGGUUGUUGGAACAUACGGAUACAUGUCUCCAAAAUAUGUAUUGGAAAGCCUAUUCUCGUUAAAAUCAGAUGUAUUUAGUUUUGGAGAUGCACCAACCAUGUCUAUAGUAGUUUUUAUAUUGGGGAAUGAAUGCUUGUUGCCUGAAGCUAAACAACUUGGUUUUUUUUCACAGAAAGAGAUGUAUUUCAUGCCAAAAAUUCUACUAGAGGAAAUGCAGCCAACUCAUCAUAUGAAAUGA